AUGGGCCGAAGAGCGGCGCUGUCCUCUCGCUGCCUCCGGCACUGGCCAGGCAGCCCUCCUACCGCGCGAUGCGUCCUGGCUCUCCUCGUUCUUUGCAGCGCUGCGGUGAGCCUCGACCCGAGAACGGUCGAAGGCCUGACGUUUCGCGCUUCUGAGGGCCUGCCAAGUUUCGGGGGGAGACCGCGGGCUCUUGAGGGAAGGGACAACGCGCCGCUGCCGCCCACGCAUCCAUUCCGCUUCUCCGUUGACGAAACAAGUGGACGAGGCGGGACCGCGUUCCACGAAACCCUGAAGAGACGAUGGGCCCACGACUCCGCUGGCCGCCUGCCUCUCCCGACCCCGCUGCUCCACCGAGCACGCCGACACCCAGGCGCUCCGUUGUCGCUCUUUCUCGGUGCGCAGCCUGGGGCGCCACUCGCUCUCGCCUUUCCCCGUCUCGCUCGUUCGUCUGCUCAUCUUCCUUCUCCUGCAGCCCGUUCGGGAACUCCGCGUUUUCAGCGUGCCCGGUCUCUGUUGUUUUUGGACGCGUCGUCUCGUCGUUCUGCGAAGGGAAAGCACACGCGAGUUCCGCGGGAGAAGAAGCCAACCGACCUCGUUCUCUUGCCUGCGAAACGCGCCCGAGGCAGUGGCAUCGAGCGUCCCGUCGCUGUCCUCUUUGGGUUGCUGGACGCCGUUGCCUGGUGGAAGAAGCCGGAGCAGGAGAGCUCUUCCGGGGGAGGCAGGGAUUUGUGCGCGCAGGACGCCGAAGGAACUGAUCCGGACGCGCUGUUCAGUGAAGACGAAAGCGCGACAGACGAGGGCGCGAGCACAGCGGCAGCGACCGCCGAGGCUUUUAGCUCCCCUCUGGCGGCCUUCGUUGUGCACCAGUGGAAGGCGACACCCAAGCUGACAAAAGGGUAUCUGUCCAUUGCGGCAGCGCUUUCGCUCCUUUCGUCUUUCUCUUCGUCGAGGCACUUUGCUCCGUCUGCGCUGCUGUUCGACGCGGAGGCUCUCCGGCGCGGCCGGGAGCUCCACCGUCUGUUUUCGUCUUUGUUUUUCCUCGGUCCGUUCUCUCUGUCGUCUCUGCUCUCCUUCUCCUUCGUCCACGCCUACCUGGGAGGCCUGGAAGUCCACUUUCAGCGGACGCACUCUCCCGGCACUUUCCACCGCAUGCUUGCAUUCGCGCUGGGGUGUACAUACAGCCUGGCGACUUUGAAACAGAUUCCGAAUGACCAUCUCCUGCAGACCGUGUGUACGUUUCUCCUCUACAUCUGGAGCAAAACGCACCCGGGCGGCGAGGCCGACGUCUACGGCCUGUGCACCAUUCCGAACGAGUACCUUCCCUUCUUCUUUUUACUUCAGAACUGGAUUCUCGAAGGUCCGUCGACGAGCGCGGCCGACUUGACUUACCGGGAAGCCUCUUCCUUUGUCCCUGCGAAGAUUCAGUCCGCCACUCCGUUGCCUCACGUGACGCUCAUCAAGGUUCCGCCGUUCGUCGCGGCUGCUUGGCGAGCUGCCGAGAAACAGAGCGUUGUGGGCGUCACGUACACAGACCCCAAGACGAAGAAGAAGUGCAUUUUCGGCGUGGCAGAUCCGCGCGGGUCGGGGGCGGGCGGCGACGGCGGGAAGGACGCCGACAGCGAGCGCGACGCGGAGAAGAACGAGCGCCAAACCGCGAGUGCGCGCGCUCCGGCGCCCGUCUGCCAGCUCCAGUGCGCCUCAGUGAAACCCAACAAACUGCAUGUGCUCCAGCAACAGAGCGGGACCUUUCCUGCCGCCGCCGACGUCCUGUGCGUCGUGGAAGAGUCUUCGAACUUCGUUCCGCUCCUCGACCGCACCUACCACAGCUUCCUGCGCAGAAGACACGAAAGCAUCGACGUGUUCAAGUCGCGCGGAACCAUCGAAGAGACCCGCAGAGACACCGGACUCGACUCGACUGCAACCCUCUUCCACUUCCACACGCCAAAGCCUGCUGCAUCGAGCGUGGGAGGUGUCGGAGAAGAAGACGAUGAAUUCGCCAUGCUGGGAGGCCGACGUGGCGGCAUGAGCGCGGCAGAGGCUGCGCGGACGAGAACUGUGAAACAGAAGAAAGCAGUGGUCACCAUCGACGAGGAUUCGUUGAAGUUGCGCCUCUUCUCCAUCUUUGAAGCCGCGGGAGCGAACGGCUUACAACUGAAGCAAAUCGCUAUGCAGACGGGCCAACCUCUUUCCUUUGUUCGCCAAGUUGUCGAAGAAAUCGCUGAGCCUCGGAAGCGCGCGAGUGACAGAAAGACCGUGUUCUUCCUGAAAGAUCAGUACAAUCCAUAUGCGUCUCUGGCAGGGGAAGAACCUUUGGCAAAGAAACCGAAAGUCAUUUGA